AUGACUUCGGCCAAGCGGCGGGGGUGCUACUGCCUGGUGGUGGGGCUCAGCCUGACGGCCGUGGCGGUCUUGGUGGCGGUGCUCCUGACCGGGCCCCGCUGUGCCCCCCCGAGGUAUCCGCGCGCAGCCGUGGCUGCCGACACCAAGACUUGCUCGGACGCCGGCAGAGAUAUCUUGCAACGUGGAGGCUCAGCUGUAGAUGCCGCCAUUGCUGCCUUGAUCUGCACCUCUGUCCUGAACCCCCAGAGCAUGGGCUUAGGGGGUGGUGUCAUCCUCACCAUCUAUAAUGCAUCCACAGGAAAGGUUGAGGUGAUUAAUGCUCGUGAGAAAGCCCCACAAGCAAUUUCUAGAGGCUUGCUGAAUCAGUGUCAACCCUCUUUCCUGCCAGGAGCGCAGUGGAUUGCAGUUCCUGGGGAACUUCGUGGGUAUGAAGAAGCCCACAAGCGCUAUGGCAAAUUGCCGUGGAAGACACUGUUCACACCCACUAUCGAGCUCCUUGAGUCCGGAAUCAAGAUACCAAGGGUUUUAAGCUUAUUUCUCAUGGAGCCGAUGUUACAGAGACAUUUGAAAAACUCUUCUUUAAGCAAACUGUUUUUAAAUGACGGCAAUAUCCUGCAAGAAGGACAGACCCUUCACUGGCCAGCCCUGAUAGAAACCCUGAAAGCAGUGGCAGAAAAUGGAGCCGGCGAAUUUUACACAGGGAAGACAGCAGAGAAGUUGGUGGAGGAUGUGAGAAAGGAAGGUAGCAUUUUGACAUUGGAUGACCUCAGGAGUUAUCAUGCUGAAGUUGUUAACCCCUUGAAUAUUUCACUGGGUGAAUACACUUUGUAUUCUGCUCCCUCACCAGCAGCAGGGCCCAUUCUCUUCUUCAUCCUUAACGUCCUGAAAGGGUUCAAUUUCACCAAGGCGACCAUGAACACACCCAGGGAGAAGGCUGAGGCUUACCACUAUAUUGCAGAGACUCUGAAGUUUGCUAAUGCUCAGAAAAGAAAAGUGGAAGAUCCUGCAUUUUCCCAUAUGAAGAAGGACGUUAUUAGUGAGCUGGUAUCGGAUUCCUUUGCUAACCAUGUCAGGGCGCAAAUCGACGAGAGAGGGGACCAUGCUGCCACCCACUACAACCUCACCCAGCUGGAAACAGUGGGUUUUGGCACCUCUCAUGUGUCUGUCCUUGCUGAAGAUGGCAGCGCUGUCUCGGUCACCAGCACCAUCAACCACCCGUUUGGGUCGAUGGUGUAUUCCCAGAGCACCGGGAUCAUCUUAAAUAAUGAACUUGCUGACUUCUGCCUGAAGAAGUCCAACAAAGAGAUAUUUCCAGGAGAGAUGCCUCCGUCUUCCAUGUCACCAGCCAUCCUUCUUUCCAGAAAUGGGGAGUCCAAGCUGUUGAUUGGAGGCUCCGGUGGGACUCUUAUCACUCCUGCUGUAGCCCUGGUGAUUGCAAACAAGCUGUGGUUUGGGUAUGAGCUAGAUGAUGCCAUCCAGGCGUCUGUUCUCUUUGCUGAUGAGAGCAACUCAAUCAAAGUUGAGCAACGCUUUGAUAAGGACGUUCUAAAGAGACUGCAAGAAAAGGGACACAAAAUCUCUGUUGCAAACAGGACACUGAAUGUGGUGCAAGGGAUUUCAAAGGAAGGCCACUGCAUCUUUGCUUACUCUGAUCCGAGGAAGCUAGGGGAGGCAUCCGGCUAUUAAUCCUGCCCAGGCAAAGAGACUGUGGAGUGUCAAGAGCCUUGGAGGCACCUUUGCUGAGUGUUGCAGGGAAGAGGCUGCAGCUUUGAAACAGCGAGGCUGUCCCGUCUGCAUCCAUCACAAAGCCAAACAGACAACCUCACAGGAGCCUUGCCUUCUAUGCCUUUCCUUCUGCAAGCUGAAACAAUGCAAAAAAAAUUAUAUAUAUAUUUGUAAACGAGAACAGCUGUUUAGAAAUGACAGCCAGAGCCUCACGCAACCCUUCUGCCACAGCCUGCUGGGAGGAGAGAGAACAAGAGUUGGAUUCUUUCUCCUUUCUUUUGUCUAUCCUUUCUUGCACACUUCGGAUGUUCUUUUCCAGCGUAGUAGGACUGUGUGAAUGGAGCUGGCUCCACUGCAUCAGGGGGUGGGGGAGAAAAAUAGGAGCAUGUUCUGAGCCAAUUGUUUUUUCCUAAUGGAAUGCCCACAUGCCAAAUGGGAGGACAGAGCCUUAUGAACGAAUUGCCACUGUGCACUAAAAGAUGUCUGUGGAAAGGAAGGUGCAGUAGUUACCAAACUGAGCCAUACUUUACUCUGCACCUCAGUACUGCUAGCAUUCUGGUAACCGUCCUAAAGUUGCUUUUUCAAUGCUGUUGAGGCUUGUUCCAGUGGAGACUGCCUUUCCUGGAAUAAUGUGAUCUUUUUACCCCCUCCCUUACAGAAGAGAUAGCAAGGCUACUGUUGUCAAAUACUGUUCUAGGAUAAGUACACCUUUCUAUUUUCUUAUUAGAUUAUGAUAGAGGAGUUUUUGCCCCAAAAUAAUGAAUGAUUAGACUAGUUCCAGGGAUCAGUGAAUGAGUGUAGGUGGCACACUCAUGUCCUCCAACAGCCUUGAGGUCUAUGAAUGCAACCACCAGAAUGCUCUCAUUCAAGUUAGUGUACUUGUCUAUCAAGAACUGGAGGGUUCAGCAAUCAGCAGCAGCACUAGUGCCUUUCUGGAAUCCAGCCUGUUCUUAAUCCAGAAUUGCCUCUUCUUCCAACAAGCUUCCUACUACAGAUAACAAACUAAUAGGACAGCAAUUAUGCAGAUCCAAAAUAUCACCCUUUUUGUAGAUUGACACAAUUAUCAUAUGGUGUCUUAUUGAUCUGGGUAGAAAUAGGUGCUGGAAUUAUUUAAAUUGUUUUUGAGCAGCUCUGUGUUUCGUUACUGUUAUAUGUCCUAACUUGCCUAUGUUUACAACAAAUUGCCCUCUUAAUUGCCUUAUAAUCAGCAUCAAACGACUCCUCUCACUUUAUCCGGUACCUAUGGUCUGCAAAAGGGAUGUAUACAGUAGUUGAAACAGCCUCUAUCAUCUAUCCAGAGCUGGAAAAGAGGAUGUUAAGUUGCCUAGCCUCAAAACCUGUCAUAAAGCUCACCACUUCCUUCUCAGUACUUUAUUCCAUCUUAAAAGUCUGAUUAUCAAAAUUUUGACUUAGUCGGUAACAAAAAACAGAUGAGGAAAAUAUAUUUCCUUGCAAAUUUAACACAAGUUGUAAGGGUACAUGGUCAGUAACACAAAGUUUUGAUUACAUUCAACAACUAGAGUUGCAAGUAGAUGAGUACGCACCAUGUUGCUUGCUGUCACCGCUAAGGAAACUCUGCUAACAUGCAAACAAGUCUGUGUGCCUGUGCGAUUUGGUCUUUGAGGCCCUUGCCUUAAGCUUGGUCUUGUAUUUUGAGGGAAAAAUCUGCUUUUGUACGAUAGCUUUACUCAGGUGCUUGCAGAUUUUGACAUCCUAAGUAAAAUUCUGGCUCAUGGGAGUUUAAGCCAGAGGAAACUGAGCCAUGCAGGCAUAAAUAUAUAUUUGGUGGCUUUAUUACAAAGGCAGUAGCGGCAGUCUGAUUGUAAGAUUUUGGCCGGGGAUCAGGGAUGGAUUGCCCAAUGAAAGGAUAUCCAUGCAAGAAUUCAUAGUUCUUUCAAGUGCAUAUUCUACAAAAUUAUAUUUUUAAUAAAAAUAAGUUUUACUGGCUCUCUUUUA